AUGAGUAUUAUAUCUAUUCUUCUUAUCUUUUUCAUUCUAUUUCUUUCUAUUUAUAUAAUUUACAAUCGUUUUUGUUAUUUUUCAAAACGUUCAAUUCCAUGUCCGCCAGUACGCUCAAUAUUAUUUGGACAUUUAAGUGAUCUUUGGUCAGUUAAAUCUUAUUCUGAACAACUUCAUCAAUGGACUCAACAAUAUGGUAGUGUCUAUGGUAUAUUUGAAGGUACUCGACCUGUCUAUGUGAUAUCUGAUAUAAAUUUUAUUGAAGAAAUAUUUAUUAAACAAUUUGCUCGGUUUCAUUCUCGACGUAUCACAUUAAUAAAUCGUGUAUUAGGUGAAAAAAAUUUCAAUGUUCUUACAGCACAUAUAUCACAAUUAUGGAAAAAACAACGUAAAAUACUUAAUCCAACAUUUAGUGGUGCGAAAAUGAGACGAUUAUUACCAACAAUAAAUACAUGUGUAAAUAUUUUUAUGGAAAGAUUAACAACACAAACAACAGAUGGAACAAUAUUUAAUAUUUAUAAAAUAUAUAAACGUUUAACAAUGGAUGUUAUUUGUCGAUGUGCAUUUGGUAUUGAUACAAAUGUUCAAUAUGAUGUUUAUAAUGAAAAUAUUUAUAUGAAAAAAGUAGAAGAACUUUUUGCUAAAGAUUCUGAACGUGCAUUCUUAGCUAAAAUACAUCGAAUUACAGCACAUACAUUAUUGACAAAUAUAUGUCCAAUCAUAUUUCGUUUAAAAAGAUAUUUUCGUACGAAAAAUUCACCAAUUCAAGCUAAUCUUUGGUUAAUGGAACAUAUGCAUGAAUUUAUUCAACAAAGAUCAAUUGAAGAAGAUCAUCAGAAGAAAUCGAUUGAUGAUCUUCUACAAUUAAUGAUCGAUGCUGUUCAUUCAAAUAAAGAUCAAUUAUUACCAACAGAAUUAUUAAGUAAUGUAUUUAUUGUACUAGCAGCUGGUUAUGAAACAACAUCAACAGCACUAGGUUAUUGUACUUAUCGUCUUGCUUUACAUCAAGAUAUUCAAGAAAAAGUCUAUGAAGAACUUAGAGAACAUUGGUCUGCAAAUGAUAAUUCUUAUGAUACUAUUAUGUCAAAAUUAACUUAUAUGGAUUUAUUUGUUCGAGAAGUUUUACGUAUGCAUCCUAUUGCUAUUCAAGUUGUUAAUCGUCAAUGUAAUGAAGAUACACAUGUUGCUGGAUAUGAUAUUCAAAAAGAUACAUUAAUUCAAGUUGAUGUUCUUUCUGUUCAUUAUGAUCAAGAUCUUUGGGGUCCGGAACCUGUAGAUGAGUUUUGUCCAGAACGACAUUCUGAUAAACGACAUCCACUUGCAUUUAUGCCAUUCGGUGCAGGGCCAAGAAUAUGUAUUGGAAUGAGAUUUGCACUUAUGGAAAUAAAAUUAUGCUUGGCUCAAUUGAUUAGUGCAUAUCAUAUAUUACCUUCAUCAUCUGAAGGAUAUAAAAUAAAUACUGAAGAACAAAUUGUCAUUGCACCUGAAAAAGUUUUUGUUAAACUUGAAAAACGAAUUUAA